AUGAGGCCCGCUGGUAGACUAGCACAACUCGUAAGAGUAGUAGAAAACGACCACCUUAAGUAUGGACGGGAAGUUGAGUAUUCAAGAUUCUUCAAUUUCCAAAAAUCAUCAUUAUCUUCAACAAAUCUCAAAAUAUUACCUAAACAUAGAUUUCUUUGUGGUGGAACUUGGUUGUCUUCAGCUUUACUUGCUUCAGUUAAUCUCACACAUGCUGCUCACGAUCCUUCAAAUUUCGAUACUAUCCUUGUUGUUUAUCUCCAAGAUAAUAUCGUUGUAUCAUGUGACACAGAGUGCCCUCCUAGAGGAAGUAGAGCUAUAUUUGCAAGCUACAGAGACUGCGACAGCCAGAUGCAGAAGUUUUCUAUGAGAUUUAGAGUAGCAAGUGAUGCUCAAGUGUUUCUGGAUUUCGUAAGAGUGCAACCAUCACCACCUGCAUUUAUAGAACAGGAGAGUUUGACAGACAAGAAUAUGAUUGGGAAUUCAGAAACUGAUUUACGGUCUGAAAUCUCGUCCGCCUAUGAGUUUGUCUCUUCAAAUAGACCUUGUUACAGAAUAAAUGAAGAGAGCCCUCUGAAUGCUCAUCCUACCGACUAUUUUAUGAAUCCUCUAGAAACGACUCGUUUAUUGGAGCUGCCACCAGUUGCAACAGACAGUGCUGAACUUUCACCAGCUGCCACUUAUUCUCCAAAGAUGCCACAAUAUGCAGCUUGUAUUCCUAAAAUUCAACCAGUUGGUGUUUCUCCAGAGAUUGGACUGAACACAUGCUCCCAAUUACUCAGCGUAGACUCUGGAAACUUUUGUGGAUCCUUGCUUUCCAGCUUCUCUGCGCUAUUAACCACCUGUGCUGCUGAGGCCGGAAAAGUGCAACUAUCAUUGGCUCCCGAGGAAAUUGAUAUCAAGUCUCAAAGCAUGCAACAUAUGUCAGGAUCUUCUUUCCAUGGUGUAUUGGUUCUGCCAGGCAAUUUGAGAUGCUUCACCACUCAGAUAAUCAAAAAGGUUCUUGCAAUCACCUUCCACUGUAAAGUUGGACAAUCCUCUUUCAACUGCCCAUUUAGCUCCCUGCAUCAGUCCUAGGGCUUCCGCUUCUUCAGAGGUAGAAGCUGUGAAUGGUCCUGCCCUGCCUUGCUCAAAGUCUCCUGCAUCAUUCCUAAGAAUUAAAGAGAAACCUGCAGGCAAAUCCAUAGAAGUCCAAGCAGCAUCUAUAUUGAGUUUCAAUUGAGUUCUCCUAGGCAGAGACCAUUUAUGAGUCUCAUUUUUGUCAAAAGAUGUUUGUCUAUUUGGUGUAUUAUCCUUAUACCAGAAAUUUAAGAAUCUUUGUAUUUCUAAACCUAAUUGAGCACUAGUUUGUUGUUUUUGUUCAAAAA